AUGACUGACCGUGGAGAAAAUGAAGAUCUGGUAGGGCCCAGGGAGUCGCUUAAUUUUCUCGAUGUAGAAACAGGACUUCAAGCGUCGCAGACGAAAGCUUGCUUUGAAUAUAUUAGGAAACAUGUCCUUCCCCGAUCAAUCGACUUCGAGCAACUACCCAGCCAUCAUGUGAGAUAUCUAUCAAAAAACAGCAGCAUAAGAGAUUACGUCGACGAAUUAAGUGUUUGCUUCAAGACAAAAGAACAAAAUUUAAUUCUUUAUUCAUUCGGUGCGCAUAUUCAAAAAGCUUUGACAAUUGUCGAGAUUCUGAAGAAAAGCCUUAGCAAAGGUCAAGAAGAAGGUGCAGAUGGAGCCUAUAAGCAAUUCAACAGGUUGGAUCGCUUCGUAAAUGUUGUACCAGGCAGGAAUGAACUUUUGGAGAAAAAGAUAAGUAUUCCCAUCCUGACUAUCGUACUUGCCCAUCCAGGGGUCGUUGAGGAUAUCAAGGGCUUCUCAAGACAGUCCGAGUGA